ACUCACUAUGCGGAUGUAGUUGGUGAUGUGAGGGGGGGUUUCCAACUUGUAUUCCAUGCGUGUCUGUCAUUCACUGACUGAACAACCCAAAGCAACGGUAAUGAAUCGUGGCAUUAAGACCUACAGCGGAUACAUGAUGACGAUGAGAACGAAUCGACAAUGUGGCAUUGUUGUUUCUGUUUCAAUUCUCUGCUUCCUAGCUCAUUAUGUCAACUACAACCUCCUGUACAACCCGAACCAAAACACCACCAGCAAACAUCUUGCUACUGGAAAAGAAAUUAUAUAUAACCUUAAUCCCACUCCGACCUAUAAUAUUGUGUAUUACAAUAUGCCUUCUUGGAUGUCUUUGGACUUUAACAUUUUGAAUUCAUCCAACUGUCCACAGUUGAGGGCUCGGUGUUUGGUUUUUACUCACAAUAAGUACUUGGAUUCAGCAAAUGCAGUUGUGUUUGAUGCAGAAAGUCUGGGACGAGUCCCAAAGAAGAAGGAAGGACAAAUAUGGACGUUCUUUUCGAUUGAAUCUCCUUUUUUCUAUUCAGUUGGACAUCAAUGGAAAGAUAAAUUUUCCUGGACAAUGACAUACCGACAUGAUUCAGAUUUUAAGUACCUUUAUGGAAAAGUUUAUGAAAGAGACGCCCCCGUGACGCGGGAUUACUCGGAAAUAUUCAGGAGGAAAAGUAAGAAUGUUGCCUGGGCAGUCAGUAAUUGUAACACGCCCUCCAAAAGGGAAUUGUACGUUAGGAAGCUACAACAAUAUAUCGAUGUGGAUGUAUAUGGCGGAUGUGGAAAACUUAAAUGCGGAACUCGUUCAGCGGGAGUUACUGAGUGUCACAAAAAAUUCGCGGAGGAAUACAAAUUCUUCCUUGCUGUUGAAAACUCCGUGUGUAAGGAUUACACAACGGAAAAAUUGUUCAACUUUUUCUUUUAUGAUCUCGCAAUGAUUCCAAUCGUUAACGGCCCUCAAAACGUACAUGAGUAUAUUCCUAAAGGUACAUAUAUUAACAUAAUGGAUUAUUCAUCACCAUCCGAAUUAGCAAAGGACCUACAGAGGAUAGGAUCUGAUGAAUCUAUUUAUUCUUCAUAUUUAAAGGAAAAAGAUAAAUAUGGUAGUCGGCGAUCUACUUGGCUAAAUAUGUUAUGCCCUAUGUGUGCUAGCAUACAUGAACAAAGACGGAGUUCAUCUAUUCCGGAUUCAUCUAUUCCGGAUAUCAAUUCCUGGAUCUGGAACGAUACUUGCAUUAAACUAUGAUUAUUAUCAUUCUAUUGGUUUUUAAAGCGCGUAGCUGCUUUAUUGCCAGCAGUUGGAUUUUGCUUUCGUCAUCGCGUUUCCGGUUUAUCGCCACCUAUAGGCAAAUUUAUGCAUAGCUGUAGUAGAGAGGUCGUGUUUGAAGUAGUCGUAAUUUUACAACCGAUCUAGUACGGGAUUUACAUUUAUAUCCGCAGGGGCAAUUUUUUCAGAAAUACAGUUCGUUGGACAGUGGAUAAAAUAUGUACAAAGAUGUUACAUUUUUGCCCUCAUUCUGAGGGAAAGUGGGACACAGAAGCAGAUCAUUCUUCAGUUAAAAUUCCCGUUUGAAUCUGUAUCUCUAAUCAAAGUGAUUAUUAAGAAAUUCAAAAUUUAAAAACCAAUAAGAGUCUGUACAUGAAACUGUUUUGGCCAGGGUGCCUUUGCAUUGUAACCUUCGCAUAGCGGUUAGAGGUCAAGAAAAUCAAUACUUUUGCAUGGUGCAAUCUAUAAUUAGAAGCCACGUCAUUAAGCUAUAUACACGAGGCAUGAGGGUUGUUCAUUUGUGUUUUGACUGCUGUUCCCACUCCGUAAAAAUUUUGUCCGACACAGCAAAAAUGUGUGCAACACAGUAAAAAAAAAAUAACUAUACAGUAAGAUCUUGCGCAUGGUUAUGUUUUGACAGCGAAGGACAGAGAUCGGUGUUUCAGAGAGACGAUAUUGCGUAACUGAUUACACAUCUCCUAAUCAUAUAUGUAAGUUGGUCAUUCAGGAAUUUAGAGCUCGCAACGGUGUUAGGCUAACCUUACCAUUUCUAAACGACCAAGAUAUUCUUCAGAAUCAUCGUCAACACAAUCAAAUUUGAUUUUGUUCUUUAGUUUCAAAAAUGAGACUGAAAAUAAUGAUCUUGGGGGAGGGAAAAUAACAAAAGGAUAACAAUUAAUUGGCAUUGAUCUGUGUUUACGGAAGACGAUGUCCCGGUUUUUAAGUCUUCAAAACACCGUCAGGAAUUUUACGAAGGCUGUUAAGUGUUAGAUAAACGUUGUCAUUGUGUCAAACAUGAAUGUAAAAUGGUUUGCAGUCCACUGCACGCUACACAUUGAAAAGUAAUCGUGUUUUCAAUUUGUUUGUACUUCAAACAAACCAUUGGCAAUGACAGGUAUAUGCUAAAUGUAUUUCCGAACGUACAGAGGAUGGAGGGAAAGGGGGCAUGGUUUUACUGCCGUUGCUCCCCGUCCCCACAUUUUGUUUUCGUUGAGCAAUCUUUUCAUAUAAAAAAAUGCAGAUAGUUUUUCGGCGAGAUGCCUCUUCAUUAUUUCUAACAGGAACAAUAUACAUGUAAGAAGGGAAGAUUUUUAUUAAAGAUCAUGGAGACCGAUACCCUCUUCACGUCUGGAAUAUGGUGAUACCAAAUUUAUAUAGUAUAUAGUCCGUAUAUGGCUGACUCCCUACACUAAGCUUGUUGAUAUUAGAAUGGUAUUGCCUAUUCCGCAAUGUUUUUUGUUAAUAGAUCGGUCAAGCUUAGUUGCGUAUAACAGAGCGGUUUGAACAUUACUUUUGUAACUUUUAAGUUUCUAGCUUGGGAUUCUCUUUGUUGUGAAUGUGAUAUAUUUAAUGCGAGUCGCUUUUGUCACUUUUUUUCAUAUUAGAACUCCUACACAAGCUGCGAAUUUUAUCUUCUUUUUUUUUUCUUUUUCUUUUUUUUUUUUUUUUUUUUUUGCUAAGGUUAUUUGUAUUUUCAUAUAAAGAACCGUUUUAUAAAAUUCAAACAAUAGCAAUGUGUAUUAUGUCUCAUUCAGACCCACGACAAACAGGUGAGUUUCCUUUGCAAUAUGAAUAUGAGCUUUUUACACAAGGAGUGUAAUACACACAUAUUGGUGAGUACAGUGUUUAAUGUACUUGUGUACAAACUCUUGGUGGGUUUUUUUUUUUUUUUUUUUUUUUGUUUGUUUGUUUUUUGGUGGUUUUUUUUUUAGAUUUUACGUAUAACAAAAAAUCACUACAAUGUCUAAAUGUAAAUCCUUAUAUAUAUGUUCAACUUAUUUAUCAUAUUCGAUUUAGUAUAUCCUAUUGCACUAAUUUUCAUGUUAAGAAUGAGUUUUUUCAUUCUUGUUGAUAACGCAGCAUUCAGUUUCAAAGUUAUUAAUAUUGCACAUGUAUGAUGUACAUCUUUUUAAAAUAAUUUUGUUUUCAAUUAUACAUGUAUUUAUUUGACUUAAUUGUAUUCACAUUCUCUCCAAUCCGAUUUUGGAUUGAAAUCAACUUCAUUAUUGAUUACAAAAAAUAAUUCGA